AUGCUCGCUCUCCACCUACUCCUCGCUCAACCGGCCGCGGCCCGUGUGCUGCCUCGAGACAUUGUGGACCCGGGUGCACCGGCCCUAACCUACCCUCUCACGGGAAUGUCUCCCGUUGGUAAUCCACCCUUCUACUCUCCUGAGAACGUCAACGCUGCCUAUCAGCACGCGGUCUACCUGUCUAUCGAUGGCAUGCAUCAAAGCGAUCUCGAGUGGUACGUUUCAACCUUUCCCCAGUCAACGAUGGCCUCAUUGCUGCAAAACGCAAUCGAGUACACCAACGCGAGGUGUCCUUCGCCUUCAGACUCUGCACCUGGAACCGUCUCGCCAGCCACAGGCUGCAGUCCGAGAACCCACGGGGUCUACUACGAUGAUGCCUACGAUGGCAGCCUGUACCCUCCGGGCUCGAAUUGUACUGGACCAAUCGGCACCCAGACGGGAUGGGAUGAAACAUUAGACCUAAAUAAUACGGUUCUUAACGGCGGCGGAGGUUUCAACGAGUCCAUGUUCCCUCUUCAACUCACUGCUUCUGGCUAUUGCGCGGCCGUGAAGCCAUGGGACUUUCUCCGGGUGAAUACAAUGUUUGAGGUGAUCCGUGAACAAGGCCUAGUCACGGCAUACACCGACAAACAUCCAGCAUACAGUAUGCUCAACGGCCCAUCGGGGCUUGGUUUGACUGAUGGAUUCUUCCCCGAGAUCAAUGCCGUGUCAGGUCAGCAGGAGACCGAGGGUUACGACGAUUUGCAUUGGUCGGCAUUGACAAAUUGGACCAUGGGCAAUUACGCCAAUGGCACAUCAGGGCUUGGAGUACCCUCUGUGUACGGAGCCAAUUUUCAAAGCGUCUCCGUCUCUCAGAAAGCAUACGGCUACAAUUCAGAGCUGGUUCCGACUGCAAAUCUGACCCAAGCCUUUAGGCAAGUGGACACGCGCCUCGGUCAACUUGUCGAUACGAUGAAGUCGGUUGGAACGUUUGACUCUACCCUGCUUAUUAUCUACGCUAAACAUGGCCAGUCUCCGAUCAACAGCACUCUGGUGCGCAAGAUUCCUCAUCCAACACUGCUCAAUGUCAUCGGAGUGCCCACCGUACAAGAUGCGUCCGACGACGCGUCUUAUAUCUGGCUUCAAGACAAGAAUGACGCUGCCCAGGCCAAAGCCAAUAUUCUUGCAAACGCUACCGCUGUGGGAGCUGCCGAGGUCUGGAUAGGUGCGGAUAUUGUGGCCAACGGCUUUGGGAAUCCCUGGUUUGACUCGAGAACUCCUGACGUGAUCAUCAAGACUGAACCUGGAGUCAUCUUCACUACUGGGAAGAAGAUUGCUGAGCAUGGAGGGCUGAAUGCUGACGAUCAUGAUGUGGUCUUGUUCGUGUCAAAUCCGGUCAUUUCUGCUAGCAAGUGCGACGAAGUCGUAUACACGAGGCAGAUCGCGCCUACAUUCAUCAAAGCGCUUGGGUUUGAUCCGCUUCUCCUUGCUGGCGUCAGGGCUGAGGGCACAUUACCGCUGCCCGGUGUGCCAUUUUAG